CACACCACUGAGCUUUUACUGGAUCAAUCACGUUCAAAGUAUUUCAGAAGUGUACAUUUUAUUUUGUCAGGCUAAUAAGGACAUUUGAGUUGACUUUUAACCUAGCUCGCGAUGUGCGUACAUUCUUCAAGCUUUGCCAUUAGAAACAUAGAAACGACGGGACGCCUGCGGAGAGACCUACAACUCAGGUGCGCAACGGAAACACUCAACGGUAAGACGUCCCAGUGAAGGUCUACCGUAGCUUCUCCAUGUAUAUUUGCAGCUGUUUCCUUUAAGACUUUCUAUAGAAGUGAGCUGGACUAAAUGGACAGAUUUGUGAUUGGGUAAAUCAAGACUCAAGGAAUGGUUUUACCACUGACCAUGCAGUCACAACAGUGACCUCCAAACAGCAGGUGCCAGGACCUUUCUGACCAUUCUGUCUCCAGAAAAAGUUACAUUUGGUGAGAGAAAGAAUUGGCUUGGUUGCAUUGGCUUUUCUUCAUUCCUACCGCAAGAGCCAUUGAUUGGAAGUCCAGCUGGGCAAUUAUCAGCAACACAACUAUGUGUGUCCCUGAAGAUGUCCUUUCACUCUGGUUGAUGGUAUCAUGUCUUCUCUCGUCUACAUUGUUCUCGAACUGCUGAUUGCGGUGUUGGCUGUGGUGGGCAAUGUUCUAGUAUGCUGGGCCGUCUGCCUCAACACUAACCUCCAGAGUAUCACCAACUUCUUUGUGGUGUCGUUGGCCGUGGCGGACAUUGCGGUCGGAUUUCUGGCCAUUCCUUUUGCGGUCACCAUUAGCACGGGCUUCUGCAGCCACUUUCACGGAUGUCUCUUCAUCGCCUGCUUCGUGCUGGUCCUCACCCAGAGCUCCAUCUUCAGUUUGCUGGCCAUCGCUGUGGAUCGGUACAUCGCCAUCAAAAUCCCGCUGAGGUACAACAGUCUCGUCACAGGCCGAAGAGCCAAAGGCAUCAUUGCGGUAUGUUGGAUAUUCUCAGUUGUCAUUGGUUUGACACCCAUGAUGGGCUGGAACAGACGUGUCGCAGCGGGCACCAACAGCUCCUGUCCUCAAGGCAUGAUGGAGUGCCUGUUUGAGAAGGUGGUCACCAUGGGUUACAUGGUUUACUUCAACUUUUUCGGCUGCGUUUUGACACCGCUGGUAGCUAUGCUAGCGAUCUACGCGCGGAUCUUCAUGGCCGCACGUCACCAGCUGAGGCAAAUGGAGAUGAAAUUGGUGCACGGACACGCACAUGGGGAAGGAACUUCCUCCCGAUCUACACUGCAAAGGGAAGUCCAUGCAGCCAAGUCUCUGGCCAUCAUAGUAGGCCUCUUCGCCAUUUGUUGGCUCCCUUUACACAUUAUUAACUGCUUCACACUGUUUUGCCCACAGUGCGACCGUCCCAAGGAGUGGAUCAUGUAUCUGGCCAUCAUUCUUUCACAUGCCAAUUCAGUAGUCAACCCGUUCAUAUAUGCCUACCGAAUAUGUGACUUCAGGCUCACCUUCCGAAGAAUCAUCCGACAGCACUUUCUGGGCCAUGACAAUAGACUGGCCAGUGGCAAUGGGGGCAUGGCUACGUCUUCUGCUGGAAACAGUGUGAUUGAGAUUUCUUGUAGUACUGUGCCCAAUGGCUAUGUGCAGGACACCAGUCCAAUCUGCAGCAUGAUUUCCCGCAAUGAGUUUGGAAUUUCAAAGGAAGUGUCCUCCAAAAUCAGCCAAGUGAGGCCACAGACAGAAUUUCAAGACAUAGAUAAAAGUUUGAAUGGACACCCACAUUCCAUUCCUGCAAAUUCAAAGCAGAUUUUCUCAUUUCAGACUGGGAAUGAAAUACUCUCCACCAGGGACCAUGAAGAAAUCAUGAGUGUAAAAGACUGUAGUUCUAUUAGUAAUGUACAAGUCAGAUGUCUGUUGCCCACAAGGACAAGCAACUCGUCCAAUCUUGCAGAAAUUUCAUGACACAAAUAUCUUUCAGAACACAGGUAUCCUGCUGAAAAUACGCCAAUGGUAUGUUGACACCCUCUUUCUAUUUAACAGAUUUUUCAGCUAUACACAUUACUAAGAGGUACAUGAAAUCAAGCAUACAGCCUUGCAAUCUCUUGGACAAUCAUUUUUAGUAGAAUUGGCAUGACAAUGGCCUUGUGUGUAAAGCAAGGUCCAUAAACAUAGUUUAUUGAGUCUGCUGUGGAAGAACUUGUCUGGCCGGCACAAAGCGCAAACAGAGGCUUGUUUCAUUCUUCAAAAGAAUGUGUCAGUUGACCACAUUUACAGUACUUCCAUGGUCAGGAAAGGUAAAACUGUCUGAGGAUCAGUGAUUGAUGAUAUGUGUACUCAACCAUCACUUUUAGAUGCCAGCUCUGGUCUUUGCAAUUAAACUCAUCUUAUGGUGUUUUAAAUUUCCAGACUUGUUUUUAGAUUUGAUUGAAGAGCAGUGGUUCUCAACUGGUGGGUUGCAGGUCUUUUCUUUCAUGGAAAAAAAAUAAAACACCAAUAAUAAAGUGCAACUAAAAAAAUUGUGGGGAUAGUUAGGAUAACAAAAUAAAUAUGCUUAUUAACAUUUAAAAGGGAGACAAUUUUUUUUUCCAGAUCUACUGUCAUUAACCUUAUUCGCUCUAGCGCCAUCUUUGAUUUUUGAUGGAAAUGACAACGAGGCUGCGAGGGACCGAAUUACAGUCUCUUCAAUGGGCUGUACUGCAGUUUAAAGACAAGACAUUCUGCAGACAAAACAUUGAUAAAAUAUCUGUAGACAAACAAAUCCCGACAACAUGAGUUUUGGCAAAUCCGAUGGGAUCUAGGAGCUUUAUACAGCUUUAUACCAUGUGAUCUAUGAAGAGUUGGUAAGUCUAUCCCUCACAGCCUCUUUUAAUUCUCAUUCAAAAUCAAAAAUGGUGCUACUGUGAAUAAGGUGAAUUCAAUUUAUAGCAGUGGUUCUUGUGUCUAAUAAAUUCCUCUGUCAAAUUAGGCAGAAUCCAACAAACAUAGGUUGUGUGAAAUGUCUUCAUUCUCAAUGAAGAAAAGAAUGAACUACCAGGAAAUGUACCACAGUACAUUAAAGGGGUCAAAUGGAGUUGUACUAUAAAAACACACUGUAAGUUUCAGAACUCAAAACUUUCUCCUCACUGCAAAAUUAGCAUUUGUUGAAACCAAGCUGCAAAAAUGACUCGAUCUCAACUUCCUCCACAUUGUGAUGUUACACUGUGCAUCUGACUGCAUCCACAACAACAUAUCAAUGCCUACUUUACCUUACUAAUUUAGUAGCCCACCUAGUAGUGGUGAGCAGUGAGAUGUCAAGGAGACAGCAGGCCAGUCAAGAGCAGAGAGCCAAUCAUAACAGUGGACAUUUACUAUCAAGUCUUAAAGGAGAAGCAGCACCAAAACCGAUAAUUUCUGACAGAGGUUCAUGAUGAGGGUGAAAAAUUAUCAUGUUUUACAAAUAUAUGACUGUUGCUUGCGCAAAAAACUGUACUAAUAUUAUAAGUGAGUCUCAAGGAACAUAUUAAAAUAAUAAAAUAAGGCAUGUCAUGGCCCCUUUAAAUCUGGAUCCUGAAGCAAAGCCAGUUGGGAACCACUGUUGUAGAGAACUGCAUUGUUCCCUGUCAACAAGGAAGAGGUCUAACGGAUUAAAUCAAUAUUCCGGGGAAUUCAGUUAAAUCUAUUAUGACCAUGCCAUAACAGAUCUAGAUGUGCGGCAUGUUUACAAGAUGUUUCACCUUUCUGUGCAUUGAAGUCCAAGCCUGUGAGAGCCUUUGUUGUGCUUUUAAACUUGUUCUAAACGUAAUUGUUCAAUACUGCCUGUAAGCAUGUUUCCUGUUUCUAAAAUGUACAAAAUAAAAACAU